CGCGCGAGAGAGGAGCCCCCCUGGACCCAGCUGUGGUCGGAGCGCUAAUGGCGCGCUCGGGAAAGCGCGUGGGCGGAUGAGGAAGUUGAUAGCCACACACACACAUCCGAGUGACUUUUUCCCCAGCAGCAGUGGAGCCUCGUCGGGAUCUCCAUCCACUCGGAAAAGCCUAAGGAAGGGGGGAAAAAAACCUGGACGCGUCGUUGCGUGGCGAAAAUGACAAUCAAGUGGGGAGACAUCUUCUUCUUACUUCUUCUCGUCCACCGUGCUCGUCCGAAGCAGCUGCCACGCGGGGACGAUGACGAGGAGCUCCACGACGCCAAUGUCAGCCAGAUGUUGGCCCCGAGGUCACACCAAGAGGACGCCACGCGGAUUCUCAACGGUCUGCUCAAAGGUUAUGACCGGACCCUCCGGCCGGAUAUUGGGGUGAAGCCGACAGUGGUGGAUGUGGGCAUCUAUGUCAACAGCAUUGGGCCAGUGUCAUCCAUGGAUAUGGAGUACCAGAUUGACAUCAUCUUCGCACAGACUUGGGUGGACACACGUCUGCGCUACAACAGCAGCAACAUGCGGAUUCUCACCCUCAACAGCAACAUGGUGGGCUUGAUCUGGCUGCCUGACACCAUCUUUAGGAAUUCCAAGACCGCCGACUCUCACUGGAUAACGACUCCCAACCAGCUGCUACGCAUCCGCAACAACGGAAAAAUCUUGUACACGCUGAGGAUGACCAUCAACGCUGAAUGUCAGCUGCAGCUCCAUAAUUUCCCAAUGGACGAGCACUCGUGUCCUCUCGUCUUCUCCAGUUAUGGCUACCCCCGGGAUGAAAUCGUGUACAAGUGGAGGCGGAACUCAGUGGAGACUUCGGACCAGAAAUACUGGCGCCUCUACCAGUUUGAUUUCAUGGGGCUCCGAAACACGACCGAUGUAUUGACCACGACUGCAGGCGACUAUGUGUUGAUGACGGUGUACUUUGACCUCAGCAGAAGGAUGGGCUACUUCACCAUCCAGACUUACAUCCCCUGUAUCCUGACCGUGGUCUUGUCCUGGGUCUCCUUCUGGAUCAAGCGCGACGCCACGCCGGCGAGGACCGCUUUAGGCAUCACCACCGUGCUGACCAUGACCACACUGAGCACAGUGGCCCGGAACUCUUUGCCCAGAGUCUCCUAUGUGACGGCGAUGGACCUGUUUGUAACGGUCUGCUUCCUGUUUGUCUUCGCCGCCAUGAUCGAGUACGCCAUGAUCAACUACUGCUCCCAUACCAUACGCAGAGCCCCGUCAUCUAAGAUCCAAAAAAUGGCAUAUUCCUCCUUCAGUACGAGUCGCCCACCACAUCGGCCAAUGAUGCCUAGAGGCAACGCUCUUUUCUGGCAGGACUACGACGACGACUGCCUGGACCAGUGCCUGGACGGCAAAGAUUGCAAGAGCUUCUUCUGCUGCUACGAGGAAUGUAAAGAAGGCGGCUGGAAGAAAGGGCGCGUCCACGUCAACAUCAGCGAACUGGAUUCCUACUCACGGGUUUUCUUCCCGACGUCUUUCUUGCUCUUCAACAUUGUCUACUGGGUCAGCUACCUCUACCUCUAGACGGACUCUGGGGAGGAGAACUGGAGCCUUUGGACUGGUCACUCUGCCUACGGCGUGGAAGACGGGCCGUGGCGGGGAGACGAGAUGGACGUGAACGAGAAUGGAGCGGCCCUGUUCGUGGCUAUGAGCAGCCCACCGACACCUGAGUGGCACUGCAGUAUUUCAGUCCGCGAGGCGACAGAGCACCCAUAGUGCCUUCUUUAGAAAGGGUGCAAAAGGCCAGCGUAGCGUCGUUAUUUUUAUUAGCGCAUCCAUCACUCGCCGCAUGCUGAGCUGUUUUAUCACCAGGCUGGGAGAUAUUUAAAAGUUCACCAUUCAUCCCGUAGCACUUUAGAAAUAGUGCCAAUAAUACUCCAAUCCGAGCAGAAGAACUAGUUUUGCUACGGAAAGUAGCCAAACUUGCUAUUUUUAUUAUUGGUAGUUGUAAGAGUUUCCAUGCAGUUCCUUAAAAAAGGAGAUUUGUGUUCUUUGGCCCCCUGGUGAAAUAUGUAAGGGAUUUCUGAUGAACUGCCAUUUGUGGGCCGCCCUCUCUCGUCUGUAAAACACUUUCUACAGUUUGUGGUCCCAAGUAGGCCCGUGAACGGUGUUGGUAAAAUGGAUGGCAUGAAUGGCUGUGGAUGGUUUUGGCCCUCACUCGGCCACUGCGAUGUAAAAAUUGAUGCCCCGUAUGGAGACAUGUGGAGCUUAACUUUACCGUUCUGUUGUGUUUUUGCAGUUAUUUGGCAUUGUAGAACACACACUAGACUACCCUAAGGCCCUCCUCCCAUGUGCUUAAGUGAAAAACGUGUCCCCUUCUUUAGUGCGCACCUUUGUUCCUAAGGUGGAGUGACCUUUAAAUGUGGGUGUUUCCAGUCAAAUCUGUCCUUCCGCGUAUUCUCCCAUUGAAUCAAGUAUUUUUGUUCCUCCGCGUUUCUGAGGAUGCAAAUAGUCCAGCUAGGGCUGGGUGAUAUGGUUAAACUCUAUCACGAUAUAGGUGUUUUAUAUAAAACGAUAUCAAUAAUUAUUGAUAAUUUUUUUAGGACCUAUUGAAAAUGAGGACCAGGAGAAAAAAAUAUGAAAUGUUUUCCUCUGGCUAUAAUCCCCUCAGCUAUCAAGGCAGAAAAUAAAGGAAAUGUCAACAAUAGCACGAAAACAAUGUAAACCAAAUUCUAAAAUCACAUUGAACACUUAAUAACCUCUUAAAAUGAUGGUGGUGUGGAGCGUCAUUUACAGACCACAUUGGUCUGACUACGGUCUGUUUUUAAAAAACUGGCACACUGUUGAGGUGACUUUUCCCGUUUUAUCCCCAAUUUCUUCAUUUUUACCUUCUCUUCUCACUCCAUAAAGAGAAUCAACCGCGAGACAACGGCGCAACAUCUUGAUAGUUAAUACUGUUACCCGAUUGGCUGUUAGCGUGUCACUCUCACUGAUCAGUGAUCACUUCCUGCGUUGCUCGGUUACCGGGGAGCGAGUGCCUUUGUUCAUGCAACCAAACUUGCUUCGCAACUCUCGGUUUCUUUUGACAAAGGAGGGGAAAAAUAAAAAAAAAAACGUUUUGUUGAAAGCAUUUUUUAUUGAUAUCUGUUGCGUGUGCAACCCGAUAUAUCUUGAUAUCGUUUUAUCGUCCAGUGCCCCAAGAAGGUGAAACAUUGUAUUGCACUUAAAUUUGGAAGCAGUGGACAUGACAUGUAAUAAAAUAAUAGAAGGAACUUCGCUUCAAUUGAGACACCUGGAAACAUCCAAUGCGAUAAAUAUAAUCAAAAUGCGCAUUAUUGUCUCUUCUGUUUGUGCGGAAGACUAACAGACAUUCAAUAUACACUAAGGCUGCAGCUAACGAUUAUUUUUCUAUCGAUUAAUCUAUAGAUUUUUUUUUUCGAUUAAUCGGUUAAUCUAUAGAUUUUUUUUUUCGAUUAAUCUAUAGAUUAUUUUUCCUUCUAGCGAUUAUUUUUUUAUUCAAAAUGAAGAUGAAAAAAUAAAUGUAGGCCCGUUUUUUCAAAAGGCAUGGCUUUUAUUUACAAAAAAAAGAAGUAUGGCCACUCAGUCAGCAUUGACAAC